CUUGAACUUACUAUUUGUAUUCCAAAUCGAAUGUGCGUUUCAGCUAAGAAGUACGCAGAAUGUCGAAUACAAAUCGAUUGAAAUCACUGAUAAAAUUGAUAGCAGACGAAGAGAAUUACUCUUGUAAUGUUUCGAUUCGCGCCAAAUUGGAUGAAAAGGCCGCAAAUGAGUUGAGUUCAUUUCAAAACUCAAGAAGCACAGAAGAGUCAACACUGUAUCAAAAAAUUCUGUACGAUGAAAUCAAGUGUCCACAACCAAAUUCAUCUGAGUCACCGGUUUGGGUGUACGCAACAAGUGUUUUUGAAAUAUUGCUAGAGAUCUGUGCGGAACUCGACAAAAGUGAUGAACUUCCAAUAUCAGUGACCGAAACGAAAAAGGUUCACAUUGGCAUUCGCAAGGCCAUCGAAUAUGGUUUAAAACCAUUUCUAUUGGGGGUUGCAACGCCGAUUGAUUAUCGACUACCAUAUAUUAUUGCGAGCACCAAAAUUCUGUUGAACAUUUCGAAGGACAAAUUUUUCCCGCUCAUAUGUACACGAAGUGAUCAACAUCUUAUAUACACCGAUCUGUUAAGUAGCAUAUUUACCAUAAUUUGCAAUGGAAGCGAUGAAAUAAAAACACAGUUUGAGCAACAUUUGCUCGAUUUACGAUCACGACUGUCACACGGUGAUUACUUUAAGAUUCUAUUUCUGAUACAAGGCAGCAAUCAAAAUCGAGCAGAAGCGUCCAUACAACAAAUCACGUGUAAACAGCUAAUGCAGUCACUUCGACAAGCAGGCAGUUUUAAAGCAUUGUGUGAGGCUUUGCUUCCGUCAAUUACCAGUUUGGAUCAAGACGAAGAAAUCGUAAAGAAACGCUUGCAUUGUUGUGCUGUGAUAUCAUCGAUCGUAGGUAAGCGUGGACACAAAAAAGAAUUCUAUCAUCAGAUAAUCGACGAAAUAACUCAGCAUUUGCUGAGUUUUAUUCAAAGCAACAAAUCACAUCAAAUUUAUUUUGUUGACGUUGGCGUUCAGUGUUUGAGUAAAUUAUAUUCGCUUCAACUGGGAUUUAUCCGACGUCAUAUUACCGAUAUUCUGCUGCGAACGUUUGAUAACUUGGCAUUGCCAUGUGAUAUGAUCACUGGUGCUGUUGUUUGUGAAUCGAAUGAGUUUAUUGAUGCCAUUCACUUGGUACAUUUGACGUUCUGUGCAACGGGUCCAUCGGACGACACAUUAGCUUCGGAAAUUUUAACACCAUUCAUGCCGAUGUUCAUUCAAAUUCAUCAUUUGCUAAACGAGUCAACGAAUAUGACACUAAAAAAUGAAAUUCUGGCCAUAAUUGUGCGAUGCUUAUCGAAUCGAGAAAAAGGCGACCUAAAUCGAAUUGUUGAAUGGAUUUUAUACGAAGAAUAUGACGAAGGUGUGAAAUGUCUCCAUCCACGUUUAAAAAUGAAACAAAUCAACGACGAUAAUAUUUCUUUCACUGUUGUCGCCCUUGAAACGGACCAAAAUGAUUUGGACAUUAAUUCAUUCUUGGAGCCAUCGGUGUCACUGGUGAAUGUGCUUAAACAAUGCAAUCACAAUACAUUGAUCUACAAUGUGUUUUUGCAUUUGCUUCAAAUGUUUUCGGAUAGCUUUGGAUCUGCAUCGAAAAUCGUGCAAUCGCCUAGCAGCAGUGAAUUGCUUGGCGGUGAAAGUGAACUGAAAACGGCUAUCGAAAGAAAAUUCAAGCGAAAAUAUUCCGUAAUUCAUGCAUUAAACGAAUUGAUUUUAUUCAAACCAUUCCACGGACAAUUUGCGGAAAAUCAACAAGAUAUUGUUGAAAUGCUGAAUAAGAUGCUCAAUCAACAAAUCGAACAAAUUGAAACGUUCCAGAGAAUAAAUAAAAAAAUAGCAACCGAAGAUUUUGACGAAAUUUUAAUUGUCAUCUUAUCGAUCGUCGGAGAUUUUAUGCAACGCAUACAAAACGAUGAACUCAAAGCACAAUUGGAAUGGACGCUUAAAAAGUUGCGCACUCUUCUAGUCGGCCAAGACAUGAAUACGGUCAUGAAAAAGUUGGAUACCAUGUUGGGUUCUUCGCAGAAUCACGACGAAAAUUCACUGUUCUUAGAGGCCAAAGCCAUUUUAAGUGAAACCCAUUCGGAACCGUAUACCAAAGUCUAUGCCAUCAUGAAUAUGGUGAAAUUAGUGAAUGCAAAAGACGAAGAAACAUGCCUGAAUGCCCAUGUCAUUUUGGCAUUGGCUCUGAAGUUGCUGAGAGAAGAAGAUAGUUAUAUAUUCCUGAACUGUAUCAAACUGCUGAUUACGCUAGUCGAAAUAUUGGAAGAUACAGUUAUUGUGGCAUUGAUAGCCGAAUAUCAUUUUGAUAUUGAUAAUGAUUUGGCUGACAUUGAUUUCAAGCUGAAGAUCGGCGAGACGAUUGUCAAGACUUGUCAAGGACUUGGUGAAAUGUGCUAUAAAUACAAAGCGGUGUUGAUAAAUUGCUUCUUACGUGGUGCCUACAAUCGAAAUGUUGAGUUUCGAACGUCAAACAUGUCAAAUUUGGGAGUUAUCAUGCGCAUUUUAUCCUAUCAGGUUCAUCAUUUCUUCGAAGAGGUGAUGAUAUUAAUUCAAAAUACGCUGCAAUUGGACAAAUAUUUGCCAACACGUCGAGCAGCCGCUUUGGUGCUUACAGAUCUACUGAAAGGAAUGCAGAAUUUGGAGCAAUAUCAAGAGUUUUUACUUCCGAUUUACCGCAAUUUGAAGAGUAUAUCCAAAAAUGAUCCCGAUUUACAUAUGCAAAUACAUGCCCGAAACGGAUUGGAAUGCCUUAGAGAAAAAAUCAAAGAAGCGUUCACAACUGAAACAAAAAUGGAAAAAGAGAUACGCAUUUUUGAUAUUAAAACCGAUGAGAAUGUUCGAUAUAAAUAA